UCUGUUUUAUUUUCAUUGCAAUUCUGACUGACUCUGGCUUCUUCAACUUAAUCUAGAUAUUGUCCUUUGUUCCUCUGUUCUUGAUUUCUCAUGCCACUCUGUCCUCCUCCUCUAACUUUCACUUCCAGCCUAUUUUUACAUCUUUCUCUCUUGCCCUCUUUCUCUCAUCCUGCUGAUCUCAUUGUUGUCCCAGGUGGUGACAGGCAGAAAAAAAAACGGACCAUAAGAGAGGCCUAACAGGGACAAAAGGGUUCAUCAAACCCAACACACCAGGGAGCUCCCAGAUCCUGUGACAAACAGUAGGCACCUUGAUCCAGGUGGAGAUACAGGGUCUUAGCCUCCAGGACCAACCUCCAGGAUGUCCCGGAGGAGGUCUACAGGUGACCUGGUGCCCAGGGACAUCACUGAGAUCUUGGCUCGUGAGGCAAGGGCUCAGCGUGGGCAGAGGAAGCCAGGAAGCUCCCUUGGAGGAGCUUUCAGCUGGUUAAAGGGGAGCCGGCGGAGGAAGAACACUGGCAAUGGAAUGAACCGUAACGGGAGCGCUGUGAUAGAUGCCAAAGUGGGACUUCAGAACCAUGACCCUCCAAAAGCUGGCCCCAAGGUGAAUGAAGACCAGAAGAGGCUGACAGUCCACUAUACGCCCUCACAGUACUACCAGGAGAAUGUUUUCAUUGAGGGCAGCAGGCCUCAGUACCUGGAGGACCUGCACACUGAAGCUCAGGAGGGACUCAAGAUACAACAGCAGGAAGCUCUCUCAGAACACAAGAAUGGAGUGAACUUUCCUGACGAUGAAAGCAUUGCUUCCACAGACACUCUCCGUCCGGAGAAGGAUAUCAGCUCCAAAGACAGAGAUGUGUCUUCAGAGUCAAGACCCACCUCUGGGAAUACCGAUAGCACAGUAACCUUUGCUGCGAUGACUAGGCCUGUGCUUACCCACCAAGGUUCUACAUUCAAGCCCCUGAAUCCAGUCAAAAGACUGGAUAAGAGCAGGAAGAGGACCAGGAGAACCACCAUCAUGGGUAUUCCCAACCAGGUCCAGAAAGAACUUGCUCUAAACAGAAGCUCCACCUUUCAGCCACUUGUUUCUACCGAAGUCUCUAACAACAGGCAAAUCAGUGACAGCCAUUCAUCAGGUGUGGUUAUUAUUUCAACAGUUGAUGGGACUCCAGUGGCAAAUACAUUGGGAGCAAGGGUACACCUUUCAGAGCUGGAGCAGACAUUCAGAGACGAAGAACUGGUGAGGAAGCACCUCCAGGCAGUAGAUGAGCAAUCCUUCAACCACCAGGACUUUGGGUCCCAUCUCUGCCCCACCUCCAACCUGAGACCCAAAUCCCUUGCAGUACCUAGCAUGACAACUUCCACCUCAUUCUCUCCUUCGGUGUUUAAUUAUCUCCAGGAACCCCAGGGCCCAGUGAUGUCUGUCUCUCCACAGGCCACUUACUUAUCUACAAUCAUUCCUAAUGCUGUCCUGCCAGCAUCAGUUGAAGUCAUUGAGAUUGACCGCAGUAACAGCCGGACUCGUGGCAGCAGUGUCAACCAUGGCAGUAGUGUUCGCACUGUAAGCAAAAGCAGCCUGACAUCUGGGGAUUCGUCAGUCAGCCCUUUGUUGUCCAGAAGAUCAGAUGGUGACAGUUCCCAGACAAAUAAUUAUCACAAUGACUCCACGCUGAUGGCCACAUCAGCUUCAGGGUCAAGCUGGAGUGAGUCUAAGUCUUCUGAGACCAUUAUUUCAAACCCAUCUCCAUUGUCCUCCAAGAGCAGCAUACAAAGCAGUAACUCCUCGCAGAGAGUGUGUCUAAAUGGGCAGGAGAGCAAAACCAAGCAAACUGGUGGGGAUCAGGACCUUGUCAGUUUCCGUAACUCAGUUAGUGUGAUUGGCGACCCUAGCAAUAAAAGUGAAAACCUUGUUACAGGACCAGGGUUGGAAUCUAGUGCAUCGGGGGCUGUGGCUGCUGGAGAGCAAGCAAAGAAUAAAAAGAAACGUAGCCUUUCAGUUAUGAAGACCAAGCAACCCCCAGCACCACCACGGAGAACAAACUCUCUGCACGGUAACAAGAUUAGAGGUAACUCCAGGGUUCUUGUGGACAGCAAAGGUCUCAAUGACUCUGCUUCUGGGGAGGUGACAGUGACUACAGAAAAGAUGGUAACAAAGGAUCAGACAAAGUUGGUUACAAAUCACACUAAGAUGCCUGAACCUAUAUCAAACUUCCCUGGGUCCAGCUCACCAGAUUCUUCCUCCACUCUUCUAACUUCCACACAGGCCUCUCCUAAGGAAGCUGGUGAAACAGAGGUAUCUCCAGAAUCUAGCUCCUCCCCACAAAAAAUUUCCCCAGAAGAGGGGAAAUUCGAACGGACCAUUUCUCCAUCUAGUGGUUACUCUAGUCAGAGUGGCACUCCAACGCUUUCCCCAAAGGGGAUCUCCCCAGCCUCCCCGGACAAGCAGAAGAAGAAGCCAGUCAAGCCAGAAAGAUCAGUGUCGCGAGCCUCAUCCUCAGCAGCUUCUCCUUCAUCCUCAGUUACAUCUUUAUCAUCUGGUACAUCUGAGCUUGCCACUACGGAUGUAUCCGUGUGUAGCCCAAAUCAGCCGCCACAGGGAUCUUCAUUAACUGUUGCUACAAAAGAACUUGCACUGAAGAAUGAUUCCUCAACUUUUAGUGAGGAAGUCAAAGAGCUAUUGAACAUCCCACCACCUCCUAAAGUCAAAGCACCAUGUCCUCCUCCUCCAGAGACAUGGGUUCACAACAGACGCACCUUUGAGCUCCUGUGUGGGGCAUGCCCUAAUGUCAAAGAAAAAGCAGCACAAAUACAGGAAAGCACAAGUAGCGCGGUAGGUACCCAGACUGAAACUAGGAAAGAGAUCCAGGUUUUGGAUGAAAUACAGACACCUACAGACAAACCUGUCAUAGAAUUGUCAGAAAACAAAGAUAAGCCUGAGGAACUGUCAUCAGUGCAUCCUGACAGUGUCCACACGGGGCAGGGGGGUAGGGAAUAUCCAGAACAAGGAGAACCGUUAGCCCAGGAAAAAGGAAAAGCAAGUGUAGAUGUUCAGCAACAAGAACAGAGUAGUAGCUUUGUCGUGAAGAAGCCACAGAUUCAAGGGACAACUCCAAAGAAAGAGCCCCCUCCUGUCAUGAAGAAACCCAUGACAGUACUGCAGAGAGGGGAAAUGGUCUUGGCAGGGAAGUCACUGGAGAAAGAGAACAAUGAAAUGCGUACCAUAACAGAGGUUACUAUAAAUGUUGAGAACACAUGUUUACAGAAUGGUGUAACAGCAUUAGUUGAUAAUAGCGAGAUCGAGAUGGACAGAAAUGAGGUCCGAUCCAUGCAAAGACUUUCAAUAGAGGUCCCUAAAAUCACUAAGGUUUCUCCACCACCUACCCCUCCCCCUGCAUACCACCCAACACCUCCUCCAUCAAGGAAAACACCUCCCUCAUCAGUAUCUACACCUCCAAACGAGUUACAAAGGGUACAGGAGGAGAUCCACAUUUUAGAGUCCUCUUGGCCACCUCCACCACCUCCUUUGGAAGGGGACUCCGUAUUUGAUGGAGUGGAUGAGGCUGACUUUCCUCCACCUCCUCCUCCAUCCUUCAUAACUGACAGUGUACCAGAUGUGCUGGAUGGUUGCAUCACAGAGUUGGGCGACCCUAAAGUGCAGACUGUACAAAGUUCAAAUUUAGACCCAGCUAUUCAACAACCAGUUAUAAAUGACACAAAACCUGUGAUUGACAUGCAAAUGUCAAAACCUAAACCUUGUGAGAUUUCUUGCCAAGUAGUGCAGAAUAUUUCAUCUGUUUCAGAGACUGUCUCACCUCCACCAGUGGAAUCGCCUCUUAUACCAACAAUGAGAAAAGCAGAAAGUCCAGUAUCAAACACAGCUGUAGAUCCUCUAAGCAGUUUUCAGAAGCGAGCUUCGCUGCAAAUUGAAGAUUCCUCUGUGUCCAUCAGUACUCAGUCUUCAGCUCUGACUGUGCCAGUAGCACCUCCUCUACCGGCAGAUAAUUUAACCCAUGGUGUUAAUUUCAGAAGACACCCCAGCCUAGCAAAUCGAGAUGCCAGGUCCAAGGAGCUCCUCUCCCGCCACAAAAGUGCUCCCAUUCCUAAAGAGGAUGCUAACAUUCCUCUUGUCACCCCUUCCCUGCUUCAAAUGGUUCGACUCAGAUCAGUCAACAUGACUGAGGAUCAGGUGAAAUGUCCAUCAGAGGACAAGCCCACAAAUGAGGGAGCACCAGUUAAGGAGAAUUGCCCAGGUUCAAUCCAAGGAUCUCAAAACAUCCCUCAAAAGCCCAUCCGCAAGUCUUUGUCACUGAAAUCUCCCCCUCAGGCUAUUAAAACAUCCUCUGUGACAAUGACCAGUCCUUCAAUGCGCUUGCAGGAAGCCAUAAGGAUGAAAACUGCAGCAAUGUCUUCAAGAGACGGUCUACCUUCCAGACUGUGUGUGAAAUCACCGACUUCUGGCUGUGUCAGCGAACCAGGAGCUACGCCACAGAAAUCACACGAAGCAUAUGACAUGCACAAGUCUCCAGCCUCUACUGCCAGCUUUAUCUUCUCUAGGAGCACAAAAAAGGUUGUCAUAGAGACUACCUCAUCCCCAGAGGUUCAGGCAAGUCUGAAGCAAAGCUUGGCAGCUGAGCUCAUGCAGGUGUCUGACCAAUCAAAAGCUGCUGCUUUCUCAUUUGAUGGAGUAAAGUGCGAUAAAGUUCCUCCACCUGUAGCCAAGAAGCCAAUGCAGAGCAGCGUCGACCCUUCACCAAGUCUUCCAAAUUCUUUGGCGAAGAUGGAGCUCAAUGUCAAAGGAAAUGGAGCAAUAGGAGGAGAACAUAUUAGUGGAAUAAACACAUCUGAAACAACAACCAGAGUGACAGCAGACACAAUUGAAACACUGUUCUGAAAGACCUCUUCAGUGAUUAACCAAGAACCAUACUGAUGGCGGGGAACAAGCAGGAAAAAAGGACAACUCCCAGCAAAGACUGACUGAUACUAAGAGACAUUAAGCUCAACUAUCUAAGUGUUGGCGUGUGUUUCUUCCAAAAAGCCUUAGCCUGUUAUGGCCUUCCUUAAUAUUUAUGCAAAAAAAAAAAAAAAAU